UCUCAAGAAGAAUGAAGGUUCUAUGUGUUAUCAUAGUUUUAUUUGGUUUCAUUAUUGAUUCCCUUGAAAGUUGUCAUUUGGGAUGGAUGCAGUUCCAAGAAAAGUGUUAUUUUUUCAGUCACACGACUGCCAGCUGGUUUGAUGCAGGGGGGGCAUGUGCACAGUUCCAUUCUAAACUAGCCGAACCCAGAACCCAAGCUGACUCUAACUAUCUGAAAAGCCACAGCCAGGCCUUGAAUGCCCACUUCUGGAUUGGAAUAUCAGACAUUAUAGAGGAAAACAUAUGGGAGUAUUCAUCUACACAAGAGAUCGUCAAAGAGACCGAUUUUGGUCCCGGGGAACCCAAUUCUCACACUGCACAGAACUGUGUGGCUCUCUGGAGAGAUUUUCAUGGACAGUGGGCGGAUCAUACAUGUUCAGCGCCUCUUCACUUCAUAUGUGAAGCUGAUAAUCUAUCUGAGCCAGGGAGUAUAAUUGGUUGAAGAUUACUUUGUGACCGUCUUACCCAAAAUACAACAAAGGAAAAAUGGAAAUGAA